CUCUUUGCACGGGGACGGCGUCUCGUCGCAGCAGGCUCGGGAGGCGCGCGCCGCGGCGGCGGCGGCGGGGGCGGGGGAGGAGGCGGGCGAGGCGCCGCCGUUCGCCGUCAAGCCGGCGGCCGGGCGGCCAGCGCCGGCGCGGCCGGCGGCGGCGGCGAGCGUGGCCGCUGCUGCAGCGGCGGCGGGCGCGUCUCACCGGCAGCACAGGCCGCUCAACCAGCACACGGCGCAGGAGUCGGCGCCCCUCGAGCUCGCGUGUGCGGUCUGCAAGGCUGCCCACCGCACGAUCUACGCUUGCCGCGCCACCCUCGGCCACACCGCGCCAAACUGGACCGAGGAGAAGGCGAAGCCCGCAAAGCCGAAGCCGAAGCCGACGGCGGCAGCGCCGCCGCCGCGCGCGCCGCCGCCGCCGCUUCCGCGCCGCCGCUCUUCGGACCGUACGUCCUCGCCGCCUCGCAACACGCGCCCGCGGCUGCGGGAGGGGCGGGGCGAGAGGGGCGAGAGGGGCGAGAGGGGCGAGAGGGAGGGGCGGGGCGAGAGGGAGGGGCGGGGGGCGGAGAGGGAGAGGCGGGGCGCGCGGGGCGCCUCGCCGGCGCCGGCCCCUUCCCCCUCGGCCGACGCUGCCGACGCAGAGGAGAGCAAGCGGCGCUCCGUGCGCGACGCCUCCCGCCGCGCGUCGGCGGGCGGCUUCUCGGUCGUCGCGAUGACGGCGACCACGCUCUAUGCGGCCGACGACGACGUCAACGGGGGCAUGCUCUGCGCGCGACAGUACAUGGGCUCGAAGCGCCCCUCCGCCGACGCCGCCUCCGCCUCCGCCUCCGCCUCCGCCUCCGCCGCCUCCUCCGCCGCCCCCGCCGCCGCCCCCGCCGCCGCGCCGCCGCCCGCCCGGCCCAAGCAGCCGAAUCAGUACACCAAGGCGCGGGACGCGGCGGCGGCGGCGGCGGCGAGGGAGGCGGAGAGGGAGGCGGCGAGGCGGGCGGCGAGGGGAGCGGCGAGGAAGGGGGUGGCCGAGGCCGAGGAGGCCGAGGAGGAGCCUGGCCUGACUGCUGCCGAGGCUGCCGCGGCCAACCUCAAGGAGAACUCGACGCGCUGGCUGGUGCUGCGCGCGCUGCUCUCGGAGCCUAGCCGGUGGGUCCCCCGCACCACGCUCGCGGAGGCGGUGGCGGAGGCGCGGAGCGACGUGGCGUACAAGACGGUGAUCACCGCUCUCGGCCGUGAGAAGGACCACCUCACGCCGCUCUGGCUGCAGCGAGGAGACGUCUACUCCCUCACUCCCGCGGGACAGUCGCAGCGGGGAGGAUGCGGGCUACCAGCCGCCUCCGCACGCUCCGCCGCCUCGCGUGCCGCCGCCGCACCCUCCGACGGUUCGAGCAGCGACUCGCCCGACGGCGACGGCGACAACGCGGUGUGCGGAGAGUGCGGCGCGGGCGGCUGGAAGAGCGGCAACGAGAUGCUUCUCUGCGACAGCGAGGGCUGCGCAGGCGCGUACCACCUCAAGUGCCUCGCGCCGCCGCUGGCGGCGGUGCCCGAGGGCAGCUGGUUCUGCCCAAGCUGCGCCAGCGCCGCCGACUGCGGCCAGUGCUCUGCUUGCCUCGACAUGCCGAAGUUCGGAGGUGCAGGGACGCGCAAGGCGCGAUGCUUCCGCAAGCCACGCUCCUCGCGCGCCAACUUGCCCUGCCGCGUCGCACCGCGACGCGCGACGGGAGACGGCAAGGGCGGCAGAGGCAAGGGCGGCGGAGGCAAGGGCGGCGGCGGCGCAGGCGCAGGCAAGAAGCCACCCAAGGCCGAGCUGCCCAAGCCGCCGCCGCGCGACUUGCCGAACGAGCGGACGUGGGCCGCGCCGCCGAGAGUGCGAGCCGUGGCAGGCAGCAGCGGGCUCAACAGCCUCUCCGCGGCGGCGGCGGCGGCGGCGGCCCGCGCGCCCGUGAGCCCUCGCAUGUCAUCCGGAGAGUACGCGGACGCGGUGAUCCGGGUGGGGGAGGCGUACCAGGCGGUCUGCCCGCCCGACCCCGCGCUCGCCGCCGCCCGCUGCCCCGGCUCGCCCGACCGGCCGGCGGAGCUGUUGCGGCUCGAGGUCUCGCCCCUACGCGAGCCGCCGCCCACCCUCCCCACCGCCUCCGAGCUCAAGGCUGCCGACGAGGCCGAGGCGGCGGCCGCCGCCGCC